AUCCAUGGUUUGGUUCACAAUUGUUUCUCAAAGUCAAAUCUUUCAUUUAUACAGGUGGCAGCACAUACUUGAUUGUGGCUUAUCUUGGAAAUUGAGUGGCUGGUCCUUGUUAGUAUUUUGAAAAGAGAAAAAAGUACCUAAUAAUUCCAGGGCUCUUGACUAGAGUGAGAAGUUUAAAAAAAUCAUCCUGGAAGAAUGCAUAAUAUUCUGAAGAAACUGCAUGGAUGCAAUAACAUGAAUCAAACUGAAAUUGAGGGCAUCUUAGUUUAUGCACACAAAAUAUAAGUGCUAAAUUUGUGAAUGUUUUUUAGUUAUUCCUUGUAAGCUUAAUGCAUUAUCCUAGACUAGAAUUUAUAGGAUAGCAUUUAGUCACAUCUGAUGAAUACCAUCCUUUGAAGAGAUGUAGAACUUUGGUUCUAAAGCUGUAAUCAUUCCUACACUGAUCAAGCUAUCAAUGUAUUUUUUGGCUUUAGCACUUCAUGAACUUACAUAAAGUAAUUUCAGAACCUGAAGUCAUUGGUGCAGGAUACUCUUUCAGCACAGAAAAUCUAGCCCUUCAGGAGAACCUCAGGAGAAUCCUCAGGAGAAAUUCACACAAAAAAUCUUUACAACAAAUUUUAAGUAUUCUUCCAAACUUAGGAUGUGAAAAAGGAAAAAAAAUACCAAUAUUUCCUUAAUUAUAAUAGCUUAUGUAUUAUUAAGAUACACAAAGUUAUAUUGUAUAUUGAAGUAUACUUCUUAAUAAGGUAUGUAUUGUGUGUAUGUUUGGGAAACAACAAGAAUACGAUUGUAUUCAUCUCCUGACAGGUUUCUAUAGACAUCUAAUUGGCCACCAUAGGAUCAGACCUUGGACUAUAUACCUUGGACUAUGCAUUGUCUGAUUUAGCAGAACAUUCCUUAUCUUCUUAGCAGACAGAAAAUCAGUUUUUACAUGAACCAGAGUCAUGCAAUUGAGAAACGGCCCUGAUCAUUCAACCUUAUUACAUUGAGGGGCAAAGCAUGAAGGUGGCAGGUUGUUUGGAUUUAUUGGAAUAUAAGUGAACUUGGUCUUAAUCCAGGAUCAUGCUUUAUUACUAUCCUCAUUGAUGAGUGUUCUGUCUACAAUUCAAGGAAAAAAUGUAAAAGGUCUGUGUGUGAUGCUAAUUAAUUGAGGAAGUUCAAGGAACGAGUGGAUGCCAGUGUGAUUAUGCAUGACUAUUUAUUUAUAAAUUCAAUUUACAUGAUACCUAACUCCAAUGAUUCCAAGCAGCUUGCUUUAAACAUAGAAUAUGAAAAACCAAUAGCAUAACUAGAACAACUAAGCAACCUGAUAAUGUAAUUUUUUGGGCUGCAAAAUUAAAUUGACUAAACAAUAAAAUCUACAGGUGCACUAAAUGGAAUAACAUCUCUUUCUAGGAAAAGCAACUACCAAAGGGAGGAUUGGGCCCCUCGUUCCCAUGAGCAUCCCUGAUCUUCCACCCAUAAUCCCCAUGUCCCUGAAGAGAACCUGUUUUAUACUGUACUACAGUAUCGCCUCUUUCCCUAUUCUUGAACAAACCCCAUCUCUGUGCUUCCAUCCACAGGAAUCCAUCUACAAGUGCAACACAUAAAAUUUUACCCAGAAGAUACAGGUGCCUUCUGUGACUACUAUGAAUGAAGAACUUGAAAAGAAUUCAGAAGCACUGCUCUGCCUACUUUAUGAAUAUGCUUUUGUUCUUAGAAACAAGCAGUGGAAAACUAACUUUAUCACAAAGUUAUGGUGCGAUUAACGUUGGAGCUUAUUGCUAGAAGCCUUAAUCAAAAGAAUCGCAGAGAUGAAUCUUUGGCUCAACAUCUGAGAAAACUAACACAUCUGAAAUUAUCUAAUAAAAAUAUAGAUGUCAUUGAUGAUCUUUCUUUGUGUAAAAAUCUUAAUGUCCUAUAUUUAUAUGAUAAUAAUAUUAGACAGAUACAUAACUUGGACUUUGCGACAAACCUAAGACAUCUGUAUCUGCAGAACAACUGCAUUAUACGAAUUGAAAAUCUAGAAUCAUUGAUAAGACUUGAAAAAUUAUAUUUGGGUGGCAACUGUAUCACUGUAGUGGAAGGCUUGGAGACUUUAGAGGAACUGAGAGAAUUGCAUGUUGAAAGCCAGCAGCUUCCCUUAGGAGAAAAGCUCUUGUUUGAUCCAAGAAGUCUUCAUUCAUUAUCCAAAUCUUUAUCAGUUUUGAAUAUCAGCAAUAAUAAUAUUGAUGAAUUAAGUGACUUAUCUAUUCUGGAAAAUAUUUCCCAUCUUAUAGCUGUUGACAACCAACUUCAUCACAUGAAGGACUUGGAAUUUGUUCUGAGUAUAUGGACUAAGUUAUACAAAAUGGAGCUGAAUGGGAAUCCUCUUUGUCAUAAGCCAAAAUACCGAGACAAAGUAAUACUGCAGUCAAAAUCUCUUGAAUUGCUGGAUGGAAAAGAAAUAAAAGAAAUGGAAAGACAGUUCCUGACAAAUUGGAAAGCCUCCAGAGAUGCCAGGAAGAAAAACAAAGUAGAAAGCUUCAUUAAUGAGCAUGCAUCAUAUUCACCUUUUGAUGAUAAUGAUGCAGAACAUACACAUUUUCCUAUUUACCACUUCCCAGUCUCCAGAGAGAUACACAGAACUCCUUAUAAUAAAGAAUCUCAGCCAGUAUAUGAAGAAAACAGAAAUAGUGAAAAAAUCAGCUAUUCAGCCUUGAAAGCUUCUCAAAAUGAACAGAAAGACCUAUUUGAACCUCAUCUCCUUAGACAAAUGCCUCUCUAAGCAGCUACUAGAAAGAAGUUCUUCUAUAUUAUCAUCAGAACAAAAGAUAUGCUUCAGAGCCAAACAUGAAGAAAAAUUGUUUUUUACUGCAAACAAAGUUGAUAUUUCACAGUCUAAAAUAUUUUGUAUUAUAGAUCCAAUGUAAGUUUAAGUUAAAAAAAAGGGUUAAAAUAAGUUGACCUUAUGCAAGUAUGUUUUGAUGUUAAAAGUAGUAGCCAUCUUAAUUAAACCACUGAUUAAACUAUCAUUUUAUCUAAGGUAUUGGUAGACAAUCAUGAAAUUAUAACUACAUUUACUAGGGCCCAACAGAUUAAUAAGAGCUUAUAGCCAAUGAUUUGAUAUGGUACUACACCACUGGAAAUGGGAAGGGUCUAUGGAAUUUAGGACAUAAUAUAUAAUCUGUUCUCUGGAUUGAUCAGACAAAAUACAACAUAUAAUAGUCAUAUUGGAAAAUAUAUCAACUUUUUCCUGUAUUCUUAGAAUAACAAGGGUACAAAGACAUCAUUUUCAUUCAAAGUUUGACUUUUCCAGUCGUAAUUCACAAGUGGAAUUCAGCUAAUGCAUACAAACAGAUCUAAUGCAUACAAACAGUACUCUCUCUGCCUUUGCCUCACUUUGAUAUCUGCUUUCAAAGAUGGAUGGAAUGUAGCCAGUUUCUUUAUGGUCUGCUAGAUUAACUAUCUCCCUGUUGGCAUUAGCAACUGCUGUUUUAAAAUCAAAGGAAGCCUAUUGUAAUAUGUCAAAAUUUAAUUGCUAUUAAUUUCUAGAAGGGCUUAAUCAAACAAUUAAAAUGUAGCUGGCCACCUCUCCCAGUUAGAAAACCAGUAUCCUUUUUUGUGUGUCUUUAGAUCUCAAUCUAAAUAUCUGUGCAAGGUACAGACAUCUCAUGUAUUGUCCAUUUUACAUAGUAACCUGGAUGCCAAUUCCUCUUUAAGUCACUUUGGAAUCUGUCUCUCUUCAGCAUUCCAAUUUCUAGUUUUGCAUACUACUCAUCUAUUUUUUUUUCUUGACCAAUUUCCCUCACCACCACUGCUACUCUUUCUGUGUGAAAACUUUUUAUCUGAUUCUUUUCCCAGAUUCCAGCUACUAUCUAGUACAGUUUAUAUGUCAGGUGACAGAAUGACAGAUGGUACUUGCUUCCACCAUUCUUUUGCAUAGUGCCUGGGUCUGUGUGUACCGCCACAAAAGAUACAUGCAACUAUGAGUUGGUAUCAAUUUUUAACCAUCAGUGAACAAGUUUUCAGAAUUUUGGGAUUAAAAAUGUUUCCCAUUCAUGAUCUAAAGAAGUAAAACAUUCAUUCUACAUACAAAUAAUGAACUCAUUUUUAAGUACCAUAUUUGUGUAGCCAAAAUCAUAACGUAGACAAAAAUAUGGUUUUGGAAUAUAUGACUAUAUAAUGCUAAGAUUUAUAAAUACACCUAAUAGUUCAAAGAGUUUCGUGAGAAUUAGUGAGAACAACUAAACAAUGAGAAUUGAAUAGAAUUCUGACUCCUUAGUUAAUGAGGAUCAGAAAAAAAUGGAAAAGUAUCUGAAAACUUGGUUUGUUAUGCUGGUUAGCUUGUUGCUAAACUAAAAAAAAUCUAUGUUACAUGUUAUUUUGUUAUUGGUUUAUUUUGCAUAUUAAUCCAUCACAUAAUCGAAUUAGAUCAUUGGUUAAUAAUAAUGCUAGUAUUAUAGCAACUUGAAAAACUUGUUCUUUUUCCACUUACUUCAAGAACAAAACCCGAGAUACUUUAUGUUUGUGGAAUCUACUGUUACCAGAUCCAAACCUAUACUUGAUUUUAUCAGUGUCUUCUUACACAGUAUAAAAGUAUGAACUUCAUUUUAUUAUUUUAAUUCAUGGUUAUCAAAACUCACGGCAUCACAUGAUGUAUCAUGUUUUCCCCCUUCGCUAAAAUAGUGGUGGGCGUGGCCAGCACAUGACGCAUCCAGCCCGCGGGCCACAAAAUUGACACCCCUGCUUUAAUUAAUACAAGAAGUUCUUGUUUGUAAAAAUCUGGUCUUAAAACUUAAAUCCAAACUAGAUUAGUCUUACUUUCCUAUAGACUGUAAUUAUGAAAAAAAGAAAACAUUCCCUAAUUGUUUUUUCAUUGGAUAAGAAAAAAUAGGAUCUGUAUUUUAAUGUGAAAUUUCAGCCUUCCAUAACUUUAUUUCAGUAAAAUGUAAACAAAAGAAGAUGCAAGUUAUCUAAUAGAGCCAAUUUGAUGUUAAUGGUUAAGGCAUCAGGCUUGAAACCAGGAGUCCAUGAUUUAUAAUCUUGGUUUAGCCAUGAAGUCAUGUAGGAGACUCAGGCUAGUCUCUCCCUCUUAGCCCUGGAAGGGAGACAAUGGCUUCUGAAAUCUUGCCAAGAAAACUACAGGAGCUAGUCCAGUGAUUAGGAAUCAACACUGACUCAAAGGCACGUACACAAACAAGUUAUUUAACAUGACUCACAGUUUAAGUUAUCCUGAAUUCAUAUUUGUAUCACAGUCCUCAGUGUGCUUUGGAAACAUAAUUCAAUUAUUUUAAAGAGACAUGAUACCAAAUAAAUGUGUUUAGAAAGGUGUACUAGUUGGCUUGAAUAUAAAAUAUAAUUUGUCUUAUUUCAAAUUAUAAGUCCCAACAUUAUUUGUUUUGAAGGAAUUAAAUUUCCAUUACUUAAAGUUUUGUUGUUUGCCGUUGAAACCAGCAUGUACUUUAGGAGGAAUUAACAUAAGAACACUGUGUCUUUAGGAUCAUAAUAUUUUAACAGUAUUCUGCACUUUGCGAUAUGCCUUUUUUCUCCAGCAACUUAAAAUUUUUACUGCAAGUUUAAACUUUCCAUUUUCUUGGCUAGCAUAAAGGGUAGCUAAUAAUUCAGCCCUUAUUUUUCUGCCUUCCUAGGACAAAGAUUUGAUUUAUUGUAUCUAUGUUAUCUCACACUCAAAAAUUCAUUCCCAGUGCUUGGUUGGUAUAACCCUGCCUAUUUAUUUUGAAUGUCUCUUCUCAUUAAUGUCUUUGAUCUGUAAUUCCUAGCCAACCAAAUGUAAUUUUUCUUAUUGUCAGAUA